AUGGAACAAAAUACACUUUCUUUUAUUGGUUCUUCUAACGGUUAUAAUAAUGCUUUAUAUGACACCUUUUAUUCUGAUACUUUUGAUCUUUCGCCAGAAUCUGAGCCGCUACCUUUUAACAGUAAUGUGAAUGAUAUACAACAUUUUGAACCAUUUAAUGAUAUACCCGAUUCUGAUAUCCCCAAUUCUGAAUUACCCUAUCAAUAUUACCUCGUUGUAGAACAAGGUAUUGAUUAUCAAAUUUUUCGUAAUGAUAAGGACCUGAAAGAUCACACUAUCAUCUGUCGUAAAUCAAUUCGAUGUUUAUCAAGUGGUUUAUAUAAAGCUCGAAAUACUACAAAUCAAGUAAAAUGUACUUCGUUAAUAGGCAUACACAAUCAUGAAACAAAUUCCGCCCAAGUAUUGGGUGUUUUUGCUAGGUAUAAACGUUUUAGUAAAGAAAUGAUUCAGGAUUUAAAUUUUUUAUGGACUGCAAAGUAG